AUGAAUCAGCCAGUGCCUGCGACCGUGCGCUGGAUCCCGGACGCGGAAGUGAGCGUGUGCUCGAGCUGCGAGCUUCUGUUCGACUGGAUGCGUCGCAAACACCACUGUCGCUCUUGCGGCCAUGUGUUCUGUGAACUGUGUACGCUCCAUCGCAGUCUGAUUCCAGCGAAUCAGAUACUGUCGGGAUCAGAAUGCAAGUACCUGGCUGUGAACGCACAUAACCCACAGCGCGUAUGCGACAAGUGCCAUGCGCGACUGGAGCUACAACAGGAGGAGCUACGUAUCACGAUGAGCCACGCUGUGCAAGAGAUGGACGUGAAGGUGUCGAGUGCACCACGACUUGUGAAUAGUCCGUACUCCUACACGCUGAAGGAGGAGAUUCUCAAGGCUACGUACAGUAUCAAGAACUUUACGUCGCAAGGAAUUGUCAAGGACCGGUCGAUUCCACUACCGCUACUUACCCACGCCAAGGGCAUUGCAUUCCUGACAGUGAUUAAGAUGGGCUUUGUGUUUACGGGGCGUAUGGGAACGGGGCUCGUCGUAGCGAAGCUGGCUGAUGGGAGAUGGUCGGCGCCAUCAGCUAUUGCCACAGCUGGGAUAGGCUGGGGCGCACAAGUCGGAGGCGAGAUUACGGAUUUUGUUAUUGUCCUCAACACGCCACGGGCUGUCGAAGCUUUCUGUGCAUCUGGUCAAGUAAAUCUUGGCGCAGAGCUGGGUGUUUCUGCUGGACCCGUUGGUCGCGUAGCCUCUGGAGCACUGGAAGCAAGCAGCGGGAUGGACGUGGCACCGUGUUACUCUUACUCACAUUCAAAGGGUCUUUUCGCAGGCAUCUCACUUGAGGGCUCGAUAAUCCUCGCAAGACCAGACAUCAACCGUUCAUUCUACGGCAAGGCAGUCUCUGUUUCCAGUCUACUUGGAGGUGUUGAGUCACCACCUGUGGCUGCUGCGCCGCUGUAUGACGCCAUUCGAGAAGCGACAGAAAGUCCAGCGAGUGGCGCCAACUGCGUUGUGCACAGCUCACCAAUUUCAAGCUAA